AUGGAUGCAGAGAAGGAAUCACCCGCCGACCAGGGAGUGCAGCUCCUGGACAUCAGCUCCAACUCGCCCCUGCCUGAGCCCAAAUGUGAGGAGGAGACCGGCCAGCAGGAGAAACCUCCGUAUUCAUACGUUGCUCUCAUUGCCAUGGCCAUCAAGGAAGGCCACGACAAGAGACAGACGCUCAGCGGGAUAUACGACUACAUCAUCUCCAAGUUCCCCUACUAUGAGAAGAACAAAAAAGGGUGGCAAAAUAGCAUAAGACAUAACUUAUCUCUCAACGAGUGUUUCGUCAAGAUACCCAGGGAGAACGGAGGGGACAGGAAAGGGAACUAUUGGAUGCUUGACCCCGCAUUUGAGGACAUGUUUGACCAGGGGAACUACCGGAGGCGGAGGAGGGUGAGGAGACCCUACAGACCUCCGAGUGUGCCUUACCUGACCGGGAACUCCGUGGAAUUUCCCGAGCCGCUCUACCUGCCUUAUGUGAGCAGCUCCUGGAGCCUGCCCCAGCCGGCCGGAUACCAGGCGCCCCAGGUCAUCACUCACCCCCGUAGCGUGCCCCCCAGCGGCCCCGUGAGUUCAUACUGCUCUCCCUCACACUUCCAUCACUCUCCCUACGGCUCAUACCACCGCCACACACCGGUGCUGGUGCCCCACAACGCCUUUCCCUACGGAGGAGUGACCCAGCCGCUGAGCCCCGGCGGAGGCACCGUGUCGGUGGCGUACCAGCAGCUCAGCACCUAUGCACGGCAAACGGAGGUUCCGCUUGCUUAUUCAUUUGACCAGUAGGGUUCGCAGUUAUUGACCGCCAGUUCAUUGAGGUUUAUCUGUUUCACCAUUUCAGUUGGACUGCCAUUCGUUUAUAAGGUGAAGUUAUCCGGUGUAUUCAUUGUUAAAAAGCUGGUUAAGUUUUCUUCGGUAGACCACAGUUUCAAAUGCCAAGGAAGUAUUGUCUAAUCGCAUUGCUUCUCAAAUGGCACAGGUCAAGUGUAAAUUGCAGGAAGAAGUUUAGUUUAUGCUUCUUAAGCUAGA